UGUUUUACGUUUCCUAUUAAAACGCAAAUUUUAAGUAUAAUAACGCUUCUUCCUCAAUUUCGAUCAAAUCACGUUGCUUUUACUUUAGAUUAAACGGCGGCUCUUUAAAAUUUCAGUUUUUUUGUUCCUUCAAGAAGAGAGAAAUAGGCAAGUAGGAUUUUACUCAAAUCGGAUCUUGUUCAAAUCCGUGCAUACAAAAAACCCCUAAAACACGGUAGAAUUCCGGCUGUCACUCUCCAUGGAGACGCUCAAAUCUCUUCUUCCGGAUGACCUAAAGCUGCUUAUCGGCCAAAGCACUUCAGAAAACCUCGACCUAACUUGUUCUUCACUUAUGAAAUCCUGCCAACUUCUGCCCCAGUUUCAGAGAGUUAUUGGACAAUUAACUGGUGGAGCGGCUCUUUGUCGGAAGAGUAAGGAGUCAGCUUUGGAUUGGAAGAAGAAAGGAAAUGAAUGUUUCUCAGAGGGAGACUAUGCUAAAGCUUUGACCUUUUACUCGAAGGCAUUGCGGUAUGCACCAAUGGACAUGGAUGGUAUGGAUGAUAAGUUAGUUGGAACUCUUUAUGUUAAUCGUGCAUCUGCACUAUAUGUAUGUGUCUCUAUCUAUUUUCUUCAUUGUUGUAUUUGUCAUGCCCCGGUAUUUAAAGUGAAGAAUUUUCUUUUUUAGUAUAUGUCCAAUUCAUUAUAUUUCUUUUAUCUUUCAUUUAAUAAUAUGAUUAAUUUCAACAUCCUGAGCUUAUUAAUAACAUUAAAGAAGAAAGCCAAUAAACAAUGGAAAACAUAAUUCAUAUUUUCAUGGUCCAAAAUUAGAUCAUAUCAAUAGAGUCCAAAAUGAUAUAUACACUAGUCACUAUGGCUACCAAAGAAUACAUAAACUAAAGAACUGAAAUAAAACUAUGCUAGCAUCAGUGCAUACAUAACUCAAGCUGCAUGCUCCUUAUCUGAAAUCAUUUAAACCACAUAAUGAGUUAAUAGCCCAACAA